AUGGGGUGUUGUGCAUCAACAAAAGUUAGUGCAUCAACAUGGGUUGGUGUAAAAGAUGACCAAAGGACUCCCUUACUUACUGCAGAAGAUAGCAUUCAAGAACCAUCAAAAGUAAACGGAGGUACUCUAGCCGAAAAAAGCCAAAAACCGAUAGAAAAUAACUUAGUGAGAUCAGUAGAAAAGCGACAAAAACCGACAGAAGAAAAAUCAGUUCAAUCGGUAGAAAACAGUAAAGGGACGAUAGAAGAUGAUUUUAUUACUUCGACAGAAAGCAGUCAAAAUAAACAAAUUACUCCAGCGGAAAAUAGACAAAAAUCAACAGAAGAUGAUGUAAUUCCGGCAGAAAACGGACAAAAACCAACAGAGGAUGAUUUAAUUACUUCAGAAGAUAACAAACAAAAACUGAUAGAUGAAAGAGUGAAUGAAAACGGUCAAAAACUCUCAGAAGAUAACUUUAUUAGUCCUGCCAAAGAGGAUCAAACGCUAAGAUCGCCCAGUUACUGUGGAAGAAAAUGGCCAAACACCAAUAGAAAAUCGCCCAGUUACUGUGGAAGAAAAUCACCAAAAAGCAAUAGAAGAUCGCCCUGUUACUGUGGAAGAAAAUCCACAAAAGUCAAAAUAAGACAGGAAAACGAUAAGACAGAAAACAGGAAAACGAACCAAACAGAAAAAGACGAGAAAGGGGUCUAUGAAUUAGUUGAUGCGCAUGCAAUAAAUGCACCAAAACAUGUAAAUACUUCCGUAAAUAGCUUGACUGAAUAUCUGAUUAAAGGAGCAAAGUCGGACAAAGAAAAGGUUCGAGCUUUUUAUAUAUGGAUAGCCAACAAUAUUGAAUAUGACACAGAUGCAUACUUUGGCGGGAAUUACGGGGGGACAGACGCUGAUUCAGUAUUAAAACACGGGAAAUCAGUGUGUAGUGGUUAUGCCAACUUGUUCGAAGCCUUCUGCAAAAUUGCAGGGAUACAGGUGCAAGUUAUUUCUGGAUUCUCAAAAGGGUACAGCUAUUCCCCAGAAAAACCCUUUACACCAAACACAAAGACUAAUCAUGCCUGGAAUGCGGUGUUUAUAGAAAAUAAGUGGCAAUUCAUCGAGUGUACAUGGGGUGCUGGGCAUUUGAACAAUGCAGGGGAAUUUCAAAAACAAUUCAACAACUUCUAUUUUCUGACAAAUCCUAGACAUUUAAUUGUCGAUCACUUUCCAUUUGAGUACAAUGAUGAGGAAUUUAGCAAGAAAUGGCAACUGCUUAAAAAUCCCAUCUCCCUUGAUGAGUUUAACAGGAAUAUUAAACUUUAUAGCAAAUCAAUCGAGUGGGAUAUUCAUCCAAAGUCGCACAAGUAUGGUGUCAUUGAAGUCAAAGGUUCUGUUGAAAUUACCAUAGAAGACAAAAAAGGACAUCUAUUUAAUACAUCCUUUGUAUUCUAUGAAUACCCGAGUGGGGAAAGAGUAGAGGAAUAUGGAUUCUUGCGAAAGGAAUCUGCAUAUGAAAUAAAACUCACCCUUAACCCACCAAAAGUUAAAUCUUACAGGGCUGAAUUAUAUGGUAAUAUAGACCCGUCUCAGAAAAGCUUAGAUCACCUUAUGACGUACGCUAUCAAGUGUACACAGGCAGCCAAUGUAAGUCCUUAUCCACGACGUACUGAGCAAUGGGGAUUUAGCCAGAAAGCUUAUGAUAAUGGAUUUUUAAAGUCAGACCAAUUCAAAAUACCAGCGCUACAGCAAAGCAGUAAUGGCCAACUGGAACUUAAUCUGAGAACAACUAGGAAUGUACCCUCCAUGGUAAAACUCUCACAUGCCAAAUAUGAUUUAGGGAAAAAGUUUGCUUUCGUCACAAGUGGAAAAGACUUUUUGAAGAUAAACCUGAAAUUUCCAUCCAUCGGAUAUUAUCAAUUGAUGCUUAUGUGUGAAGAAGAAAAAGGUACAGACGACCGUUACCAUGAAAUGGGAAAUCUCUUAGUUGAGUGUAAGAGUCCAGCUGACUCUUGUAUUCCUUUUCCAGUAGCAAGUUCAAAAGCCCAGGAAUAUCUUUGCAUACUAAUUGAGCCGUUAAACGGGCAAUUACCUGCUAACCAGCAGGUAAAAUUCAAAUUUCAGUCUCCCGUUGUUAAAAAAGCUAUAGCAGCUAAAGAGGACAUGAAACAAAAUGGAGACGAGUGGUCUGCUGUGAUCACAACCCCUGGACCUGGAGGUAGUGUUCAGAUAAGUGGAAAUGAUACUGACGAGAAUAGGUUCUGGGGACUAUUUACCUUUGAAAUUAUAUGA